AUUUUUAAUAUUUAAAUGGGAGGACAUCAUAAGAAGAACAUUCGAGCCGAAAAGGCCAAAGUUAAACUAAAGGGUGCUAAAUUGCCAAAAGGUCUUAAUAUCACAAAAACCGAUUUCAAAGUUAGGAAAAUUGUUAUCAAAGAACAACUAGCAGAGUCGCAAGUUGAGGAUGGGAAAAGAAAACUUAACAUAAAAGAAACUCUCAGCCGACUGAAGCACAGUAGUUCUUCUUUUCGCUCCGAAGCGUUGAGAAACCUUCGGGAGUCUAGUUUCACUUCGGAUGACAUCUUUCGGCAUCUGGGUGACCUUAUCCAAUCGAUUGCUGCCAUCAGUCUUGAUGUCGACAAGGACACACGUCGGGAAUGUUUCAAAACUAUGAGUAGUUUACUGGCCACACUUCCCACCGAAGCGGUGGAACCAUUCUUUCAAGCAUUGUCUUCGUAUCUUCGGUGUGCAAUGACCCACAUCCAACCUUCCAUUCAGGAAGACUCCCUUCUAUUCCUAGACGUACUUUUGCUGCAUGUGCCAAUGUUGGUUGCUGCCAACAGUACAAAGAUAUUCCAGAACUUCAUUGAUAUGAUUUCAAAGAUCCGCACUGAUGCCAAACCUGGACGUACACUCACCACAAAUAUGGGCAACAAGACAACAACAAUCCAAUGGCGAAGCAAGGUCCUCGAGCGCCUACAGGGAAUGCUCAAGACUCUAAUUGAGAAUCAUCGCAAUCGCUUGACAAUCUCGUCCAAUGAGCGCAGCUCCCAAUACAAAAUCACAAACACAUUUAGUCCGAAUCAGCCUCAGUACUUUCCUCUUGUGAAAUGGCAACUGAAUGAGAACUGUGAUCUGUCGCAGAUCUUCAACAAGUCUAUCAGCGAGAAAUCGGCCUCCAAGGCAGACGAGAGCUCCAUACUGAAGGGAUACAUAGAACAUCUGAUGCCACUGCUCUUUGAAUCAUGGUUAGAAGUGCGCACAACCGAAAAAGAAAUUUCCUCGGAAGUGAUUCUAUCUCACGAUGCAGCUAAUACACUUAAGAUUGUCCUUGAAAUUCUUCAAAAUCUCUGGAUACUUACAGAAAUGGUUGAAGCCGAGAUCAACAACACGGAUCUAAGCACAUGGUUUCGUAAGAUGUACGCUGAUAGUUUUGUUGCAAAUUUCCUGGGUAUCUUUCCCUACAAGCAAGCUGAAGGCUCACGUCUAGCGAAGUCCAAAUCCAAAGGAGCUCCGAGUGAGAAGGAAGUUCUCGAAGCUGGGGGUCAGUAUUGCUUGCUUCAGAAUACAACUCUUGCUUAUUUGAUGUGUGUCUUCUAUGAGAAUAAGUUGGAUAAGAAUGUGGAAAAAGUGAGUGAGAUGUUGCGGUUUCUCACGAAAAUCGUUUCGGAGAUAAAAAGUACCCAUUUGGAUAGCUUCCAGUGCCUUGAGAAAGCCUUGCGUGCAAAUUUAUACCUAAGUGGUUUGACACUGUUGCGCUAUGACGCGGAGAACACAAGAGCCUUGUUGAGGACGGUAAUAAAAUCUGCCCAGAAAGGACUCUUUACCAAAGAAGGGUCGACAAAGGUAUUGAUUUUGUUAUGCGACAUUGUGUCCUCGCCCAAGUUGUACUCUUUAUAUGGGCCAACCGAAUUCGAUUCUUGGCUGUCAGACCUGCCCAAACAGGUUCUUCUGAGACCGAUGGUGCCACAGGAAGCUCUUUUAGCUCUAUCCAAUCUUGGAAAGCAGAAAAAUGCUGUGUUUCUUAAAGCACUACCUUCUAUCAUCGACACAGUUAUUGAAAAUAUUCAAAAAGUCCAAGUUACUGGGAGUGAAAACGCAUUUGAGGGAAAGAAAUUGAUAAUGAAUCUAUUUUUCUGGACGGAUCGUUAUAGUCCUGAAGUUCAAAAGAAGCUGAUAGAUCAAAUUGAUAAAAAUGUAACCGAUAAACGAAUUGCAAGCUACUUUAAGUUUAUUGUGACAAAAUAAAACACCAAUUAAAAAUGUGGUUAUUUCUUGGAUCAAUAGAUAUUCAAUUGGAUCCAAGUGCA